CUCUUUCGUUUGUUUGAUUUGCGGAUUCAAAAAAAAAGAAAGAGAAAAAAAGAAAAAAAAAUCUGAAUUCUGCUCUGCGAUUGCUGCGUGGCGAUAUGGAGAUGGACAGUAAAGACUCGGCGCGGCUCGCGCUCGUCCUCGCGUCCGCGGUCCUGUGCGGGAUCGCGCUUCGCCCGGCCGGCGGCCACCUCUACAACAACCGCUACGCCGGCGACCAGGUGGUGAGAGUGACUCCCCACACCACUGAGGACGUUCGGGUGGUCAAGAGGCUUUUUGAAAACCUGAAGGUGGACCUUUGGCGGCCGAACAGCUUGACCUUGAUCCAGGCGGACAGCGAUGUGGACGUGCACAUCGGCCAUGGCGACAUACGGGAAUUGAAGGGUCGUCUGAAGGGGGCGCACAUCUACCACAGGGUCCUUAUCUCCAAUCUCCAAAAGGAAAUUGAGAAACAGUUGGCAGUCCGGUCAACCAGGAAACGCAGAUCGGAUUUCCAGUAUGACUACGAGGUCUACCACUCCCUGGACGAGAUUAAGAGCUGGAUGUUUGAGAUGAACAGGACCCACCCACAUGUGGUGGACAUGUUCUCCAUUGGGCGGUCGUACGAGGGGAGGCCUCUCUACAUCCUCCAGCUAGGAAAGAGAACGCAUCCGUACAAGAAGGCCGUGUGGAUGGACUGCGGAGUGCAUGCCCGCGAGUGGAUCGGGCCCGCCUUCUGCCAGUGGUUCGUCAAAGAAGCGCUCAACUCCUAUCGGACGGAUCCUGUAAUGAGAAGGCUGAUGAAUCACCUGAACUUCUACAUAAUGCCCGUCUUCAACGUGGACGGGUACCACUACAGCUGGACCACAGACCGACUGUGGAGGAAAACGCGCUCGAGGAUCGCCAGGUACCAAUGCCGUGGGGUGGACGCCAACAGGAACUGGAAGGUCAAGUGGUGCGACGAGGGCGCGUCUUCGCAUCCGUGUGACGAAACCUACUGCGGGCCCUACCCGGAGUCGGAACCCGAAGUGAAGGCUGUCGCCAGGUUCUUGCGCAAGCAGAGGAAGCGGGUCAAGGCCUACAUCUCCAUCCACGCUUACGCUCAGAUGCUCCUGUACCCGUACUCCUACAAAUACGCCACCAUUCCUAACUUCACAUGUGUCGAAUCGGUGGCUCACAAUGCCGUCAACGCACUGUACUCUGCUUACGGAGUGAGGUACAGAUACGGGCCCGCGUCCACCACUCUGUAUGUGAGCUCCGGCAGCUCGAUAGACUGGGCCUACAAGAAUGGGAUCCCCUACACGUUUGCCUUCGAGCUGCGGGACACUGGCCACUACGGCUUCCUGCUGCCCGAGUCCCUGAUCAAUCCCACUUGUACGGAGACCACGCGGGCGGUCAAGACCAUAGCGUCCGGUUUACUGAAGAAAUGCUCACGAGGGAAACCAGCGGCUGCUCCCGGACACCCCCGUUUCUCUCUCUGAUUCCACCCCGGACUCUGUCUCUCCGCCCUUCUCUCUAUCGCUCUCUGUCCAUCUCUUCGGUCCUCCGUCAAGACUCCAGCUGGAGUUUGCGUUCCUUCACUACAGCGGCGCUCGGGUCGCUCAGCUUAUGCAGACUAACUCAUUGAACCUAAUUUGGCUUCUCGUGGACUUGCAUGCAUUUCUUAAAAUAGGGGGGAAAAAAUUAUUUUGUGCGUCGUCAGUUAUUGAGGUCCAAGGAACCAUUUUUGACCAGUGUGGACAUGCAGAAAAAAAAAGUGUUUAAGUUAAUGUUGGUAUAUUAUUUCACAGAUGUUAAAAUAGCAACCAACAAGUUAUCAUUUCACGUCAAUCCCAAUAUACCAUCAUCCAUAGAAAAAUAACUAAUCAAUAACGGGUGACGAUUGAACAGAAAAGCAAGGAAGGUGGUUGCUAUCAGACACAUCCCAUCAGAUGCCGCACAGAUUUUGAAUUUACUCCGUUCAUGUCGGAGCGUGGCGCAACUUCAAUAAAUCCACGUUGUUGUCCGCAUUUAUUUGCCACUCGAGAAAAAGUAGGUGUCCGACUUCACGGUUGGCGAGCUAAUUCGAGCACUUCACAUACGGUUUUGGAUGUUCACCGUUGUUAUGCUGGUUCAUUUGAACAGGUGACAGCACUUGUCUAGGGGUUUAAAAGUCCUCAUUUAUGUUUUAAUCAACCUAAUAUUCACUUAAGUUAUUAAUGGGCAGAUUAAAUGUGUUUAUGAAAAUUGCAGGGAAAAGCCUGCGGUGUCAGUUUUUGUCAGCCUUGUUCAGCAUAAAAAUGAGGUUUUGUCCAGGAGCGUUACGGUUUUCCAUUGUUCUGCUUCGUGCUUCUUCAAUCGCACGAGAAGUAUUUUGGACUCCGCUCCAUAACCAAGGGCUUUGAGACCAAUGUUUUGGACUUGUGGAGAGUCUCCUGUCUGACUGCGAGAGGCUUGAUUUUACCAUCAUGUGACCGGUGGCAGGGGACAUGGUGGUGCAGCGGGUUUGGCCGGUU